CGGGUUUGCAAAGAGACUUCACGGGAAAGUAUUGGAUUUGCUUGGGAGAUUCUGCUUGGAGGUACAGACCAUGGUGGGACCGGCGGCUGUUCUACUUCUGUUCCUGGUGCAAGGCUGUCUGGCAGAACAUGUUUUUCUUGACAGCCAGCAGGCUUCAGAGGUUCUGAUCCGAACGCGACGAGCCAACCAGAUAUUUGAGGAAAUGAAACCGGGAAACCUGGAACGAGAAUGCUAUGAGGAAAUCUGUGACAACGAAGAGGCCAGAGAAGUGUUUGAACAACCAGACAAAACGGAUCUCUUCUGGCAGAAAUAUCAGGACUGCAAGGGAACAACACUGGAACGGACACAGUCCAACAUCGACGCGGUCAAAGAUUGUAUAACAGGUCGGUGUAUUUCCGGCAAAGGACUCAACUACAACGGAGAUAUCCACAUUACUAAAUCUGGUAGACUCUGUCAAAGAUGGACUAGCGGCUUCCCGCAUCCCAUCAUAAGGGAAUUCAACGCUUCAGAACCCGACAGCAUCCUAAAGGAGAACUACUGCCGCAACCCGGACGGACAAGAUGAAGGGCCCUGGUGUUUCACGCAGGACCCGAUGGUGCCCAAGGAGACCUGCAGGGUUCCGAUAUGUGGGGAAACCUUUGUCCCCCCCACUCUGGCCCCGGCACCAAAGAGUGCGGGUGACUGUUUACUGGAAAAUGGCGUGGACUACACUGGCGACCUGGCCGUCUCCCUGGGGGGCCACGCCUGCCUCCAAUGGUCCCAGCCGGAAGUCAAGAAGCUGAGCCAGGGCAAGGACUUUUUACCUGAUGUCAGUCUCGUGGGCAACAAGUGUCGUAACCCCGACAACGACCCCGAGGGCCCAUGGUGCUACGUUGAUGUAUCUGGGAACGUGACGGUGGAUUACUGCAACCUCCAGCUGUGUGAAGAGGAGCUGAUUGACUACGAAUCGCCGCCAGAGUCCGAAGGCCGCGAGCGCUCUGUCCACGCACCCGCCAGGAAGGCCUUUUUCAACCCUCGGACCUUUGGGCAAGGGGAGAACAUGUGCGGAAUGCGGCCCCUGUUUGAAAAGAAGAACAAGGAGGAUGCCAAGGAGAAGGAGUUGCUGGAAUCUUACCAGCAACAGCGCAUCGUUGGGGGUACAGAUGCCGAGGUGUCCUCUUCGCCCUGGCAGGUGAUGCUCUACAAACGAAGCCCUCAGGAGCUACUGUGCGGCGCCAGCCUUGUCAGCGACCAGUGGAUCCUCACAGCCGCUCACUGCAUCCUGUACCCUCCCUGGAACAAGAACUUCACCACCAACGACAUCUUGGUGCGCCUGGGCAAACACAACAGGGCCAAGUUCGAGCGCAACGUCGAGAAGAUCGUGGCGAUCGAUAAAAUCAUCGUCCACCCGAAGUACGACUGGAGGGUGAAUCUGAACCGAGACAUCGCGCUACUGCACAUGAGGCGGCCGAUCGUCUUCACCGACCAGAUCCACCCCGUUUGCCUCCCCAACAAGAAGGUGGCCAAAAUGCUGAUGAAUGCAGGCUUCAAAGGCCGAGUGACCGGCUGGGGAAACCUGAAGGAAGCCUGGAGCCCCUCCGAGAGAGCUUUGCCGACAGUUCUUCAGCAAAUCCAUCUGCCCAUCGCAGACCAGAGCACCUGCAAACGCUCCACUUCCAUCAGGAUCACAGACAACAUGUUCUGCGCCGGAUAUAAACCCGAAGACUCGGACCGAGGUGACGCCUGCGAGGGAGACAGCGGUGGACCCUUUGUGAUGAAGCAUCCCGCCGAAAACCGUUGGUACCAGAUUGGCAUCGUGUCGUGGGGCGAAGGCUGCGACCGCGACGGGAAGUACGGCUUCUUCACGCAUGUUUUCAGGAUGAGCAGGUGGAUGAGGAAAGUCAUCGAAAACUCCGAUGACGACGAGUAGAUUGUGAAGCAAAUUGAGGCAAAUAAAAGUUUGUCCCGCUCAAAAA